CAAUUACCGCGUCGCAACAGAUGUACCUUUUCCGAUCCCGCUUACCAACCGCUAGUUUCCCUCCCGUCCUGCCGUCUCCGCGGCGCGGCGAUCUCCUGCCCCACACAAUGAACAUCACAAAUGCAGCUAGACCCCACGUCUACCCCCAGGUCAAAAUGCGCGCUCCGCCGCCCCGGAUAUCGACCGCUGUGCGCUCUUGGCUGCGAUCCAGGUUGGUGGUAUCCGCACUGCAAUGGCAUCCCACGAUGGAUACGCCAUUGAUCCAAAGAAAAACCAUCCGUCGGCGAUAGAUCAUGUCGCGGAGAUUGUAGAGGCACAGCAGCCGUCCAGCGCGCUGGACGAAAAAGAUGCGGAGAUCGUUAAGGAGGCGCAGGACCAGGAAGUGAAGCAGGAGCUGCCGUUCUCAAAGGCGAGGGCGAUUGCGCUUGUUAUUACGGUAACAGCUGCUUCGUUUCUGAAUACUUUGGGCGUGCAGAGCUCGGUUAUCAUUCUGCCGACCAUCGGCAAAGCGCUCAACAUCCCGGAUUCGCGACAGCAGUGGAUUGUAUCGGCGUAUAGUCUGACGUUUAGUUGUUUUCUGUUGCUCUGGGGCCGCCUCGCAGAUGUCUACGGCAAGAAGAUUAUCUUCGUAUGGGGCUCCAUAUGGGUGACGCUGACGUCUCUCCUCGUCCCUGUCAUUCCCAACGAAAUCGGCUUCGACAUCUUCCGCGGGUUGCAGGGCCUCGGCGCCGCUGCUAUGGUUCCCACUGCAAUCGGCAUCCUGGGGACGACCUUCCCGCCUGGGAAGGCGAAGAACUACGCCUUCUCAUGCUACGGGGGCGGCGCGCCGCUCGGUGGUGUCUUUGGAAACAUCUUUGGCGGCGUGCUGGGCCAGUAUCUGGAGUGGAAAUGGGUGUUUUGGAUCUUUGGGAUCCUCACUGCUAUUGUUACUGUGGCUGCUAUCUUCGUCAUCCCGCCGCCGCCUGUGAAGCGCGAGCCCCAGCUCUCCAAGAUGGUAGACUGGAUCGGCGGCACCAUCGUCACCAUCGGGCUGAUCAUCCUGCUCUUCGCGCUGUCCGAAGGUAACGUAGUAGGCUGGUCCACGCCGUGGGUGGGCACGCUCAUCGGAGUAUCCAUCCUCCUACUCGUCGCGUUCGGCUUCUGGCAGCACUAUCUCGAGACGAAGACGGACCGCAGACCGCUGAUGAAGAUCUCCAUCUUCAAGAACACGCGGUUCGCUGCGGCGAACAUGAUUAUGCUGAUGUUCUUCACGUCGUUCAAUAACUUCCUUAUCUACGCGACGUACUGGUUCCAGGACUACCAGGGCUUGUCCAUCAUCCAGACGACGCUGCGCUUCGUGCCCAUGGGUGUGACUGGCGUACUCGUAGCAAUCGUAACAUCCCAACUCCUCUCCCGCCUCCCAGGCUCCCUAAUCCUCUCCUUCGGCACCAUAUGCAUCUCCCUCGCCUCGCUCCUCUUCGCGCUGCCCCUCCCCACCACAACAACCUAUUGGGCCUACGGGUUCCCCGCGAUGAUCCUUUCCGUCUUCGGCGCAGACACACUCUUCCCGACUCUGACCCUCUUCGUCGCAAAGUCGCUCCCCGCGGAGGACCAAGCGCUCGGCGGCGGGUUGGUGAAUAUGGUGGGGCAGUUUGGGAGAGCGUUUGGGCUCGCGAUUGCGACGGCGUUGCAGACGGGUGUUAUGGCGAAGGAGCGCGGUGUGGAUGUGGAUCAAAUUGGGAGAGGUGAGGUUGGCGGUGGGAAGGGGGAUGCGGCGUUGAAGACGGGAAUAAGGAGUGUGGCGUGGUUUGAUUUUGGGAUGGGGUUGUGUGCGUUGGGGAUUGUGGUUGUAGUGUUUAGGGGGGCGGGAAGGGUGGGGGGAAAGCAUUGA